CACAAUAGAGUGCAACGCAUUCGACAGUCCUCAAAGCCUGAACAAUGGAACUACGUCCGUACAGAGGAAAAUCCUGCCGACCAUGCGUCAAGAUCCUUACCUGCAUCCCAUCUGGCGCAGACCUCUUGGUUCACGGGACCCUCCUUCCUGUAUCAGCCUCCAGCAGAAAAAAAUGCAAGUUAGUGAGACAUUUGAGCUAGUUGAACCUGGAAGGGACCCGGAAAUCCGAACCCAAGUCCAGACCUGUGCUACAUACCUGGAAGAAUCUAUGCUUACCCCAGACCGCUUCCAACGGUUCUCCACCUUCAACUCCUUAGUAAGAGGAGUAGCAUACCUCAUCCACAUGGCAAGAUCCUGCAAGCACUCAAAUAAAAACAGCAAAUGCAAAGGCUGGCACAGAUGUAAUUCACCUCGUACUCCAGAUGAAAUGGCCCAGGCAAGGAAUGUUAUCCUCAAAGCAACACAAAUGGCAGCCUUUGCGAAGGAACUGUCCGCCCUCCGAGCCAACAAAGCAAUACCCAAAAAUAGCCCCAUGCAGAAACUCAGCCCAUUCUUGGAAGACAACCUCAUUUGUGUUGGGGGCCGAUUAAGGCACUCAGAACUCCCUGCUGCCGAAAAGAACCCAAUAAUCCUGCCCAAAGGUAGCCACAUCUCCUUACUGCUCACCCAACAUCACCACGAGCAAGUAAAACACCAAGGCAGACACCUGACAGAAGGCGCGAUUAGGGCAGCAGGAUUGUGGAUUUUGGGAGGCAAAACAUUAAUCAGUUCAGUACUCCACAAAUGUGUAACCUGUCGCAGGCUGCGCGGAAAGCUGGAAGAACAAUUCAUGGCUGACCUGCCACCUGAACGCCUUAAAACCUGCCCUCCCUUUACAUAUGUGGGGAUCGAUGUAUUUGGUCCCUGGUCCAUCUCUACCAGACGCACCAGAGGAGGACAGGCAGAGAGCAAGCGGUGGGCCAUCAUGUUCAGCUGUAUGAGUUCAAGAGCAGUGCAUAUCGAGGUAAUUGAGGCUAUGGACACAUCUAGCUGCAUAAAUGCCCUCAGACGCUUCUUCGCACUCAGAGGCCCUGCGAAACAGCUCCUAUCUGAUUGUGGCACCAACUUUAUUGGAGCGCGCAAGGAGCUUGGGAUGGACAAAAGGCUGCAGAAGUUCCUCAGUGAGCAAGGAUGCAUCUGGGAAUUCAACCCGCCACAUGCCUCCCAUAUGGGAGGCCCUUGGGAGCGCAUGAUUGGUGUUGCUAGAAGAAUCCUUGAUUCAAUGUUUCUCCAACAUAACACUCGCCUAACCCACGAAGUUCUUUGCACACUGAUGGCUGAGGUCACGGCCAUCAUGAACGCACGUCCACUCCUACCUGUCUCUGCUGACCCGGAAAACCCUUUCAUACUCUCACCGUCAAUGCUUCUUACGCAGAAGACUGGAGCUCCACCCCCUCCAGGAGAGUUCUCAGGCAAGGACCUUUACACAAAGCAAUGGAGACAGGUUCAGGCUCUUGCAAACCAGUUCUGGACCCGCUGGAGCCGUGAAUACUUACCUUCCCUGCAACACAGACAAAAGUGGACAGUACCUCGAAGAAACCUUGAAGUUGGAGACCUAGUUCUACUCAGAGACAAGCAGACUGUCCGCAACUGCUGGCCUAUGGCCAGGAUCACUGCCACCUUCCCUGGAAACGAUGGCCACGUAAGAAAGGUCGAGGUGAAAACAGCUGACCAGGGUAAUGUGAAAACCUUUCUUAGGCCAGUUGCAGAAAUUGUUCUACUUCUGCCCAAAGACUGAUCUAGAGACUAAUGUAUUGGACUAACAUAAAUUCUUAGUGACCUCACACAGGUCAGGCGGGGAGUGUGGUGCCUUUAGGGCUUUCUUAAUUUUUUUUAUGAAUUAUUUCGUUGGUUUUUAUUUUUAGUUGGAAAUGAGGUACAUAACUACUUCUCAGUUCAAAAUAAAUAAUCUGUAAAUUAGUAUUAUUUUCGUUCACACCAUGACGUCACUUCCUGUUUAGCUACUUCCGGUUUCGUCAUUUCCUGUUUAGUGACUUCCUGUUUAUCUCCACAUGCGGAAAAGAAAGCAGACAUGUAUGCUCUGAGACUAAUCUGCUUGCAUCCACUCUGGAACAUCAUAGAGGCAAUGCCGUAAGUUAAUUCAUUUGACAAUAGACAUGUUAAAGUUCAUAUAUUAGCAGGGAUUUGCUAAAAAAUUAUGUUUGAUAAGUUAAUUUAAAAAAAAAAAAAAAAAAACGUUUUUGUUUUUACCCUAAUGUGCAAGCUAACAGCCAUGCUAUAUGCAUGAUGUAUGUUCAUAUUUACAACUAUGUACAAUGGUGUUUAGUUUAGUUAAGAACAUUGAAUAUGUUUGUACUGCCUUUAUUUACAGUUUUCACCACACAGACAGCAUGUAUGAAGAAGUGUCUCAGUAAAGGAUCAAUCUUA